CUUUUUUAUACUCAUAGAAUGGUUCAACACGGUUUUGAAAAAUUUAACCAUGUCCAAGUGACUCCUCAUCCCAAGAUUUUCAAUACUAUUUUGGAAAACGUUGGUCGUACUCCUUUGGUACGUAUCAAUAAGAUUGGAAAAGAAGAAGGAUUAAAAUGUGAACUCUUGGCCAAGUGUGAAUUCUUCAAUGCUGGUGGAUCUGUCAAAGAUCGUAUUGCUGUUCGAAUGAUUCAAGAAGCUGAAAAUGCUGGUAUCAUCAAACCUGGUGUAAGCACCAUUAUUGAACCCACUUCUGGUAACACUGGUAUUGGUUUGGCUUUGGCUGCUGCAGUUAAAGGUUAUCGUGUUAUUAUUACUUUACCUGAAAAGAUGUCUCAAGAAAAGGUGGAUGUUUUGAAGGCUCUUGGUGCAGAAAUCAUUCGUACUCCUACUGAAGCUGCAUGGGAUGCUCCUGAAAGUCAUAUUUCAAUUGCCAAAAAGUUACGUGAUGAAAUUCCUAAUGCCGUCAUUUUGGACCAAUAUGGAAAUCCUUAUAAUCCUGUGGCUCAUUAUGAUACAACUGCUGAAGAAAUUUUGGCUGCUUGUGAUGGGAAAUUAGAUAUGCUUGUUGCUGGUGCUGGUACUGGUGGUACUAUCACUGGUUUGGCUGCCAAGAUUAAGGAAAAGUGCCCUACUUGCAAAAUUGUUGGUGUUGAUCCCAUUGGUUCCAUUCUUGCUCAACCAGAAUCUCUCAAUACAGAAGGUGGUUCUUAUCAAGUGGAAGGUAUUGGUUAUGAUUUCGUUCCUGAUGUAUUGCAACGUUCCUUGGUUGAUGAAUGGAUUAAGUCUGAAGAUAAACCAUCUUUGUUGAUGUCUCGACGUCUUAUCCGUGAAGAAGGUUUAUUAUGUGGUGGCUCUUCUGGUACUGCUAUGUAUGCUGCUUGUCAGGCUGCCAAGGGAUUGAAGGAAGGUCAACGCUGUGUUGUUAUUUUACCCGAUUCUGUCCGUAACUACAUGACCAAGUUUUUGAACGACGAUUGGAUGCGAAGCAAGGGAUUCACUGAUGAAAAGUUCGAAGCUCAAAGUUUUGAAAAGAAGGCUGAAGCUGAAUAUGGUGGUGCUACAGUUCGUAACUUGGGUCUUGCUCAAGCUGUUAGUGUGGAUGGUGAAACUACUUGCCGUGAAGCCAUUGAGACAAUGGAAAAGAAUGGAUUCGAUCAAUUACCUGUUACAGCUGGACCUCAUCAUCGUCUUCGUGGUUUGGUUACCAUGGGUAAUAUCUUGUCUCGUAUUGCUUCUGGAAAAGCCAAACCCUCAUCAUCUGUAUCUGAUGUCAUGUUCAAAUUUGCCAAUGGUACCAAACAUUUUGAAGAGAUUACCGUAGAUACUCCUUUGGACAAGCUCACCCGUUUCUUUGAAACCAAUUCUAGCGCUUUGGUGACUGAAAAGACAGAAGGUGUUCUCAAGGUGAAGCAUGUUGUAACAAAGGUGGAUUUGUUGUCUUAUUUGGUCAAACAUGUCAAGGCUUAGAUUAUCUAUUUUAGUCAUCUUUUUACUUCAUCUUUUUUUUUUAUGCAUUUCGCAUUGAUUGCUUUCCAUUCUUAUUUUUUUUUUCAUUUGUUUUUAUUUUAUUCUCUUUUCCCUAUUACAUUCGAAAUAAAAUCAUCUGCAUUAUAUCC